AGAGAGAAACGAUAAUAAAAUGGAAUCAGAUAUAAUAUACGAUCAGCAUGUGCAUGAGGAGCUGCUGCCAGGCGCCGAGGAAGAGGCGGAAUUCGAACGUCUUUAUGCGGCGCCCGCGGAAAUUGUGGCUCUACUCUCCAUCUUCUAUGGCGGCAUUAGCAUUUUAGCCGUGAUUGGCAACACGCUGGUUAUUUGGGUGGUGGCAACCACUCGACAGAUGCGCACCGUCACCAAUAUGUACAUUGCGAAUUUGGCGUUUGCGGAUGUCAUUAUUGGACUAUUCAGCAUACCGUUUCAGUUCCAAGCUGCGCUGCUCCAACGCUGGAAUCUGCCGUAUUUCAUGUGCGGCUUCUGCCCGUUCGUGCAGGCGCUCAGCGUGAACGUCUCCGUGUUCACAUUGACUGCGAUUGCCAUCGAUCGACAUCGGGCCAUAAUUAAUCCAUUACGCGCACGUCCCAGCAAGUUCAUAUCGAAAUUCAUAAUUGGAGGCAUUUGGCUGCUGGCGCUGCUCUUCGCCGCGCCGUUCCCCAUCGCGUUUCGUGUGGAGGAGAUCACGGACCGUUUUCGUGAGAACGACGUGUACUUCAAUUUGACUCGGCCGUUCUGCAUGAACAAGAAUCUGUCUGACGAGCAGCUGAAGGCCUAUCGAUAUGCUCUGGUCUUUGUGCAGUAUCUGGUGCCGUUUUGCGUGAUUAGUUUCGUCUACAUACAAAUGGCGGUUCGCCUGUGGGGCACACACGCGCCUGGCAACGCACAGGACUCGCGUGACAUAACGCUGCUGAAGAACAAAAAGAAGGUCAUUAAAAUGCUGAUUAUCGUCGUGGUUAUCUUCGGACUGUGCUGGCUGCCGCUGCAGCUCUAUAAUAUAUUAUAUGUCACAAUACCGGAAAUCAAUGACUAUCACUUCAUUAGCAUCGUCUGGUUCUGCUGCGACUGGCUGGCCAUGAGCAACAGCUGCUACAAUCCCUUCAUAUACGGCAUCUACAAUGAAAAAUUCAAACGGGAAUUUAACAAGCGCUUUUCGGCGUGCUUCUGCAAAUUCAAGACCAGCCUGGAGCCGCAUGAGCGCACCUUUUCGAUGCACACGCGUGCCAGCUCCAUCCGCUCCACCUACGCCAACUCAUCGAUGCGCAUACGCAGCAAUUUCUUUGGCGCACGGAAUGCUGGCGGCAAUGGCAAGGGCGGCAUGAGUUUCGCCCGAACUGCUUAUCAGGCCAAUUUCAAUGGCAACGGCCAUGGGCAGGGGCAUGGCAAUGCUAACGGCGGGGGAGGGGCCGGUGGCGGCAGCACCAGUAGCUACAACAACAAUGGCCAUCAAACUGUGGUGACAUUUGCGGGCAGCGAAACGACAAUGGGCCCCUGGCGACGUAAUCACUUCAAACCGCUGCAUCCGAAUGUGGUUGAGUGCGAGGAUGAUUUGGCACUGAUGGAGCUGCCCUCCACCAGCGAGGAGCUGCCGUCCAGCAUGGGCGGCGGCGCAGCGAAUGGAGCGGGCGCGCAGCUGGCGCUGUUUAAGGCCGCAUCCCGAGAAAGUUUUAGUUGCAUUUGCGAACAGGAAUUCGGUAGUCGGACAGAAUGUGACGGAACCUGCAUACUGAGUGAAGUAUCCCGGGUGCAGCAGCCGGCAGCGGGUGGCGGCGGCAGCGGCUCGGAGCCCGUAAGCGAAUCCUUGUGGCAGCCCCUCUAAAUACGCCGCAAAUACGGCGUAUUUCUCUGUGAUUUCGAAAUAAUGAAUUGUGAUUGCAAACUGAAUGUUGUUGUUGUUAAAUGCGAGCACCGAACAAUAUGUUUACAUAAGUCUAUAGAGUAGAAUAUGUGUGUGUGUGUGUGGAGUAUUCCUAGCUGCAAGCCAUGUACAGUAUUAUUAUAGAGACUAUUGUCAGUGUGUGGGGGCCACGGAAUCGCGCAGAGACACAGGAGAAACACAAAG